AUGAGCAUUAUUAGUUGGAAUUGUCAAGGAUUGGGACGGUCUCAUGAUUUGGCAAUUCCUCGUCUCAAGGAAAUGCGUAAAAAACAUUUCCCGGAGAUGUUAUUCUUGAUGGAAACAAUGAACAAGAGAAACGUUUUGGUGGAUUUACAAGUUUGGUUGGGCUAUGACCGUGUAUAUACAGUUUACCCGAUAGGGAAGUGUGGAGGUUUAGCCCUUUUUUGGAAGAGCAGUGUAAAGGUAGACUUUCGGUAUGUAGAUAAGAAUAUGUUGGAUGCUCAAGUACAGUUUGGAGAUUCCAAUUUCUUUGUUUCCUGUAUAUAUGGAGAUCCAGACAGAAGGAACAGGUCUCAUGUGUGGGAGAGAUUAUCUAGAUUGGGCAUAGGAAGAAGGGAGAGAUGGUGCAUGUUUGGGGACUUUAAUGAGAUAAUGCACAAUGGAGAAAAAAAUGGUGGUCCUAGGAGAUGUGAUAAUGAGUUUAAACCAUUCAAUGACAUGCUGAAGGUUUGUGAUAUGGUAGAAUUACCAAGUCAAGGAAACAGUUUCAUGUGGGCGGGGAGAAGAGGAGAACACUGGAUGCAAUGCAGACUCGAUAGGGCUUUCGGUAAUACUGAAUUCAUAAAACAGUUUCCGGCUUCAAACCAAGGUUUCAUGGAUUUGCGAGGAUCAGAUCAUAGGCCAGUUUUGAUUAAGUUGUUGUCUUCUCAAGACUCGUAUAGAGGGCAGUUCAGGUUUGACAAAAGGUUUUUGUUCAAGGAAGAGGUAAAAACUAUUAUCCAUACAACAUGGAAUAGAAACAGAUCAGACUCUUACAUCUCAGUGGCAGAGAGAUUACGAAAUUGCAGGGAAGCUUUAAGUUCUUGGAAAAAGAAAAAUUCUCUAAACUCUCAUGAUAAGAUCACACUGCUUGAAGUUGCUUUAGAAAAAGUUCAAUCUCAGGUGUGGCCAAGAUUGCAAACGGUACAUGCUUUAAAAAAGGAUCUUGCUAAAGCCUACAGAGACGAAGAGAUUUUUUGGAAACAAAAGAGCAGGAAGAAAUGGUUUCGAUGUGGAAAUAGAAACACAAAGUUUUUUCAUGCCUCAGUCAAGGAGAAUAGACAAAGAAAGAGAAUUGAAAAGUUUAAGGAUGUUAAUGGGAACUUCCAAGUCUCUGAAGCGGCAAAGGGAGAGGUUGAUGCAGCUUACUUCCAAAACUUGUUCACUUCGUCAAAUCCGGUUAGGUUUGAUCAAUGGUUCGAUAGUUUGGAACCAAGAGUCUCAGGGGAAAUGAAUGAUAAUCUGAUUGCCAAGGUGACUGCUCAAGAAAUCAAAGAAACCCUUUUUUCGAUUAAUCCAGUAAAAGCCCCAGGGGCGGAUGGAUGUAUGCCUGUUGAGUGGAAUUAUACCCAUCUGUGUUUGAUUCCAAAGACUCUACAUCCUUCUGAAAUGGGUAACCUUAUACCUAUAAGCCUGUGCUCUGUGCUUUAUAAGAUCAUCUCAAAGGUUAUGGUGAAGCGGAUGAAACCUUUUCUCCCAGAGAUUGUUUCUGAGUCCCAAUCUGCUUUUGUUCCUGAACGACUUAUCACAGAUAAUAUACUUGUUGCUCAUGAACUGAUUCAUAGCCUGAAGGUGCAUCUUCAAAUGUCUUCUGAAUUCAUGGUAGUGAAGACCGAUAUGUCAAAAGCAUAUGACAGGGUUGAAUGGAGUUACCUAAGAAGUCUGAUGCUAGCUCUUGGCUUUCAUAUUAAAUGGGUCAACUGGAUUAUGAUUUGUGUCUCUACUGUUACUUACUCUGUCCUGAUAAAUGAUAGGCCUUUUGGUAUGAUCACUCCGCAAAGAGGCUUAAGGCAGAGAGAUCCUUUAUCCCCAUUUCUUUUUGUCUUAUGUACUGAAGGUUUGACACAUUUGUUGAACAAGGCUCAAUGGGAGGGAAGUUUGGAGGGCAUGCAGUUGUCUGAGGGAGGGCCAGUCAUUCAUCAUUUGCUCUUCGCUGAUGACAGUUUAUUCCUGUGUAAGGCUUCUUUGGAACAGAGUGUGGUUUUACAAAACAUCUUAAAGGUGUAUGGUUUAGCUACGGGACAGACUAUCAAUCUGAACAAAUCCUCAGUAACUUUUGGUGCAAGAGUGACUGAGCCGUCAAAAAGAUCUGUUCAAGCAUCUAUGGGCAUUACAACGGAAGGUGGUGCAGGAUCCUAUCUAGGCUUGCCCGAGUGUUUCAGUGGAUCGAAGGUUGAUAUGUUAAGUUAUCUAAAAGACAGGUUAAAGGGUAAAUUAUUUGGGUGGUAUGCUAGGUGUUUAUCCCAAGGAGGAAAAGAGGUACUCCUAAAGUCUGUGGCUUUGUCAAUGCCGGUGUUUGCAAUGUCCUGCUUUAAGCUCCCAAAAAAAACAUGUGAGAACUUAGAGAGUGCUAUGGCCGACUUCUGGUGGAAUUCAGGAGAACAUUCGAGGAAAAUUCACUGGCAGAGCUGGGAAAGGUUAUGCUUGGCAAAAGAGUAUGGGGGAUGGGAUUUAGAGAUGUCCAAGUGUUCAACCAAGCAUUGUUAG